AUGUCGGUGUCUGUGGGUGGUCUGUCAGGCACUAGACAACCAUUUUUAUACCCUGGUGGUCACCUUGCUUCAUCUUCGUCAGCUCAACAGCUUACCUUGGACCGUAGUGGAGGUGGUGGUAAUGGUAGAGGUCGUCCACAGGGUGGUCGUGGGGGUCAUCGGGCAGGUAGGGGUGGUAGUCAGCCCCAUCAAGAUGGUUCUCAGCUUGGCAUAAGCGACGUUCAAACUGGUGGUAGGGCCCAUAUCUAUGCCUUUCCAGGUAGGCCUAAAGCAGAGACAUCAGACACUGUUACUAUAGUGUGUGAUUUGCUUGACUUUCUGAUUCACGUGUCUACUUCUGUUGGUGAUUCUGUUGUUGUUGAUAGAGUUUAUCGUUCUUGUUCUGAUUGUCAUGCUAAAAUAGUGACUGUGGCUAUACCGGGAAUGGAUAGACUUGUGUGGGAAGGUGACUAUAGUCCUGCUCCAUUGAAACUUAUUUAUUUUCUGCGUGCAAAGAGGAUGGCUCCAGCUGAAUUAAGAAAGCUAAAGGCUCAGUUGCAGGAUUUGUUGAGUAAGGGUUUUAUCCAUCCGAGUGCCUCUCCGUGGGGUGCUCCUGUCUUGUUUGUAAAGAAGAAGGAUGGAGUCUUUUUAUGUAAAAGGAAUAUUAUUGCUUAUGCUUCGAGGCAAUUGAAGCCCAAUGAGAAAAAUUAUCCCACUUAUGAUUUGGAGUUGGCUGCGAGGGAUUUGACUUUGAGACAGCAUAGAUGGAUAAAGUUGCUUAGAGAUUAUGAUAUCACCAUUCUCUACCAUCUGGGAAAGGAUAAUGUAGUCGCUGAUACAUUGAGUAGAAAGUCAGAAAGUAUGGGUAGUUUGGCUUAUUUGAAUGCUAGCAGGCGUUCGUUGGCUAGAAUGAUUCAGACUUUGGCUAACAAGUUUAUUCGACUGAAGGUAACUGAGAGAGAAGGGAUUCUAGCCAGCAUUGAGGCUAGGUCUACAUUUCUUGAUCAAACCAAGGCUAAACAAUUUGAGCAUGCUAGGUUGAGAAAAGUUCGUGAUAGGGUUUUGCAGGUUGAGGCCAAAGAGGCAAUUCUUGAUGGUAAUGGUGUGUUGCGGAUUAAGGGGCGAGUUUACGUACCUCGUGUUGAUGACUUGAUUUCUACUAUUCUAGCUGAGGCUCAUUGCUCGAAGUAUUCUAUACAUCCUGGUGCAACCAAUAUGUACCGUAAUUUGAGGCAGCAUUACUGGUGGGGUCGGAUGAAGCAAAAGUUGGGCAAGAUAUAUCUUAAGGAUAUUGUUCGAUUGCAUGGGGUCCCCAUUUCUAUUAUCUCGGUUAGGGGUACUCAAUUUAGCUCUACUUUUUGGAAGAAACUGCAUGAGGAGUUAGGCACAAGGUUGGACCUUAGUACAACUUUUCACCCUCAGACCGAUGGGCAGUCUGAGCAGAAGAUUCAGGCGAGACCAUGGGGUACUGAUCUAUUGAGGGACUCAUUACAGAAGGUCAGGUUCAGUCAGGAGAAACUUAUAGCAGCUCAAAGCAGACAAAAAGAGUAUGCGGAUAAUAAAGUUAGAGAUAUGCACUUAAUCGAGGGUGAGCAAGUAUUGCUCAAGGUGUCACCUAUGAAGGGUGUUAUGCGUUUUGGGAAGCGAGAUGAAAACCUCUCUUAUGAGGAGGAACCUUUUGCUAUUCUUGAUAGAGAUGUCCGUAAGUUGAGGGCUAAGGAGAUUGCGUCUGUGAAGGUCCAGUGGAAGAACCGUUCUAUUGAGGAGGCCACUUGGGAGACCGAAGCGGACAUGCAUAGCAAGUAUCCACAUCUUUUUGCUAGUUCAGUGUUGGUCAGAACAGGUUAUAUGCUUUGGCGCCCUAACAGGAAUUCGAGGCAUCACCUGACGUCAUUACUGUCUCACAACUACAUCAUUGGAUGGGGAUGUGAUAAUGUUGAAACAUGUGGAGGUGCACCACCGUAUAAUGGACCAGGUCCUUCAGAGUUAGAUACAGGAAAUAAAGCAGUACAGCAGUAA